CCGCAAGUUCCAUUGACGGGGAGACGACACACCGUUUAACUGGAGCAUCGUCAAUAUCUCCGUUCUAUCCAGUCGAAUUCGGUUCAGUUCUGGUGGCUCUCUCAAACUUUUGUUGUCUCACAACCUACUUCUCGAAAGCGAAAGUAUCAAAGAAGAGGUCGAGGGAAGCAAAAAUCUUUGCUUUUAGAGGUUCGGUUUUCUUGACAAGCAGUGGAAUUUCUUUGAUGGGUAUGUUUCACUUUCUCCACACUUUGUGAUAUCUCUUCAUUUGGGAAUUGGGCACUUGCGGUAGCAGUGGGCAAUUUAUAUUCAGAGUAUAUAUACACGCAUAUAUAGGAAAAGUAUGGAAGGGUUGUUGAACACAUUUCCACACCAAGUUUGCUUAAAACCCUUCGUUUUCGAUCCUAAACUAGUUUAUACGCUUCCAAUGCUAAAAUCGGGAGCUAGGUGUUUUACCCGUAAACCCAAGGUAGGUUUUCCGAGAAGAAAUUGCUUAAAUCUGGGUAGAGACAAUCACGCUGUUAGCUCAGUGAGUCUUGAUGAUGGUGAUGCCAAUGAUGAUAAAGGAAAAGAUUGUAAUAGGGACUGGGAAUUGGAGUUCCUUGGGGAGGUUGAACCUUUGGGCAUCAAACCUCCCAAGAAAAAGAAAAAAUGGCAGAAAUCAAAGUUGCUGGAAGACACUGAUGGAAUGGAUUGGUGUGUGAGGGCGAGAAAGGUUGCGCUCAAAUCGAUUGAGGUGAGGGGGCUGACUCGUAAAAUGGAGAAUUUAAUUACUGGUAAGAAGAAAAAGAAGAAGAACAAAAAGAAGAUGGUAAACAAAGAGAAAAUUAAUAUUAAAGUCGAGGAAGAUGUGUUUGAUGACCCGGAGGAUGAAUCUGAAUUGCAAGAUAUGAAGGCUGUUGAUGAUGUUGAUGACCUAAUGAGGCAGGUGAGUAUGUUGGCAGGUGGGAUGUUUGAAGAAAAGAAGGAGCACUCAAUGGGAGAAUUUGUUCAGAGGCUAUCCCAAUUUUCAGGGCCUUCUGAUCGUAGGAAAGAAAUUAAUUUGAACAGAGCUAUUAUAGAAGCGCAGACUGCAGAAGAAGUGUUGGAGGUUACGGCAGAGACAAUCGUGGCUGUUGGGAAAGGCUUGAGCCCCUCACCCCUCUCUCCUUUGAAUAUUGCUACUGCACUUCAUCGUAUCGCUAAGAAUAUGGAGAAGGUUUCGAUGAUGGAAACGCAUAGGCUGGCUUUUGCCCGUCGAAGAGAGAUGUCAAUGCUUGUGGGUAUUGCUAUGACAGCCUUACCAGAAUGUUCAGCUCAAGGUAUCUCAAAUAUCUCAUGGGCAUUGUCCAAGAUUGGAGGUGAGCUGCUUUACUUAUCUGAAAUGGAUAGAGUUGCUGAGGUGGCUUUGACAAAGGUUGGAGAGUUCAAUUCUCAGAAUGUUGCUAAUGUUGCGGGUGCUUUUGCAUCAAUGCAGCAUUCUGCCCCUAAUCUCUUUUCAGAAUUGUCAAAAAGGGCGGCAGAUAUAAUUCACACUUUCCAUGAGCAGGAACUUGCUCAAGUCUUGUGGGCUUUUGCCUCUUUAUAUGAGCCUGUUGACAUUUUGCUCGAGUCUUUAGAUAGUGUCUUCAAGGACUCUAGCCAAUUUAAAUGCUGCUUAAGUAAAAGAACUGUAGAUGGUAUUGAAGAAAGCAGCGAGGACAGCAGUAAAGAUCUUGACUCUGAUCGAGUUUUAAGAUCUCCCGUGCUCAGUUUUAAUAGGGGUCAGCUUGGGAAUAUUGCUUGGUCUUGUGCUGUUUUUGGACAAAUGGACCGGAUUUUCUUUUCUAAUAUAUGGAGAACUCUGAGCCACUUUGAGGAGCAAAGGAUUUCAGAACAGUAUAGGGAGGAUAUCAUGUUUGCUUCUCAAGUUCAUCUUGUGAACCAGUGCUUGAAUCUAGAAUACCCACAUCUUCAGCUAUCUUUGACGAGUGCUCUCGAGGAGAAAAUUGCCCGUGCAAGAAAAACUAGGAGGUUUAAUAAUAAAAUCACUUCAUCCUUUCAGAAGGAGGUAGCUCGCCUUCUCGUUAACACUGGCCUCGAUUGGGUCCGAGAGUAUGUUGUGGAUGGGUAUACUUUAGAUGCAGUUUUAGUUGAAAAGAAGGUUGCUUUGGAGAUUGAUGGGCCAACUCAUUUCUCAAGGAAUACGGGGGCACCUUUAGGACAUACCAUGCUGAAGCGCCGCUACAUUACUGCUGCUGGUUGGAAGAUCUAUUCAUUGUCUCAUCUGGAGUGGGAGGAACUUCAAGGUGGCUCCGAACAGCUAGACUACCUAAGAGAAAUUCUCAAAGAUCACCUAGGUGAAAGCACCGCCAACAUUGCAUGAUCGGAGAAUGGUAAGAAUGUGAAGGAACCGAGAGAGAAACUUCGGCAGUCGCUAAAAGAAAAGGAAGAUAUGUAUCUUCGAGUUGAGUAGAAUCUAAGUUCCUUGAAACGGAAUUUGUUUUCGAGGGUUAUAUCCAUGCAUGCUGUGGAAAUGUUUUCGAGGGUUAGUGUCAUGGUCUGCAAAGUCAGCUGAGCUUCCUGGUUUGAUAGUUACAAUCCAAUCCAAUCCAAUUUGAUACACGUUUUUUCUAAAUUCGAUACAUUGAUGGAAAUUAACACAGCAAGCGAAUCAUAUAAUAAUAGUUAUAAAUAUUCUAAGAUC